CUUGCUUGCUAAUGAAUCUCGACCUCCUGCUCUGAAAUUGAUUGAAACCCAAGAUAAAAAAUUGAAUUGAUUGAAACCCAAGAUAAAAAAUUGAAAAUUAAGUGCAGGUAGCGAAUGAGGAUUGGCUGAAAAUGGCAGGAAGGCGUGGCGUUGCCAGCAAUGUCGUAGGAUGAUUGAGCUCACUGAAGGUUGCUAUCACAUGACUUGCUGGAUUUUGAAGAAUUUGUAGCUGCUAGGUUGUCUAUUUGCAAGAUGAACAAUUUCAGCCUACUCCUCCCAUUGCUCCUCCUAUCACAUUAUCUCAUUCGGAGGAGGUCACUCUUCCUACUACAAGUUUGGGCUCUCAUUAAAUUGCUUAAAAUUUUAGUCUUCUUCUAUGUUUUCAUUAAUAGUAUAAGUCUUUUUACUACUAAUGAUAAAUUUCAUUUUUAUCACAAUAGAUUCCACUUCAAACAAAGUGAAGCACACAAGGAAAAGGCCUAAGUAAAAUGAACAAAGCCUUUGCCUAUUAUUUGUUUAGCUCCACAUGGAAUUUGAAGACAUAGGUGAUGAAGCAAUACAAGAGAAGAUUGAGCAAUUGUUGAAGAAUCGAUAUGGGAAUGCAUGGUAUAAGUUGCACAACUAUUUUAAGAAGUUUACAACACUUGAGGAGACACAAAGAAACAAGUCAAAAGAAAACAGUUUGACUCGAGAUAAUUGGAAUUUUCUUUGCAAAUAUUGGUUUGAUCCUAAUGUCAAGGCAAAAUGUGAAAAAAAAUGAUGUGAAUCAAACAAAGCAUACUAUGCCACACAACCAAGGGUCUAUGGCUUCUCUGGUGGUCCGCAAUGAGAUUGAGAAGGAACUUAAUGGGGAGGAAUGUGAUCAAAUUAGCCUUUUUAAAUUCACUCAUUUCAAAGAAGGAAAGGGUUGGAUACCCUUAGAAGUUGAGGCAAAAUAUAAUGAAAUGAUAGAAUUGAAGGAAAAGAGUUCAUUAGAUGACAAACCAUUAACUGCAGAUGAAAUUUGUGAUCAAGUGCUUGGAACUCGAUCAGGAUAUAUUAAAGGACUUGGGUAUGGUCCAAAGCUUAAGAAAAAAGCAGGACAAAGUCUUCAAAUUAAGAGACCUGUAUCUUAAAGAAUCUGAAGAUAGAUUUAGAGAAUCAGAGGAGAGAAAUCUCAAAUAUCAAGAGAAAGUAGACGAACUAGCCUUACACUUAAAACAACAAGAAAAGAUGUUUGAAAUGUGGCUUGCCUCUAGAAAUCAUCCACCUUCUCUUUAUGUCUCCCUAAUGUUUUAUGUUCACUUUAUCUUACAAACUUUAGAUAAAUAUAUAGUUGAGUAAUUGUUAUAAUGAUUGUUGUAGACUUGUUUGACAUGCAUAUACCUAGAUGUCAAGCAGCUUCAAUAAUUUGCUUUUUUGCAUCUUUUGACAUGCAACUACUAUAGGAGUGGUACCUUUUCUGACGUCCAAGUAGUGAAGAAAAAAGUAUAUAUUUUGACA